AUGUUGCUGCGGCUUCUGCUACCCCUCUGGUAUCUCCCAUCGGCCAUUGCGAUACCCUUCUUCAGUAACAAUACUAUUCCAUCCAAUCUGACCAGUGAUUGUGCGACGGCCCUUCUUACAGACGUUGAAGAAUGUCCUCCCACCGUGGCUAGUUUUGCUAUUGGAUAUUACUAUCCCCCCUCGGUGCUGGAAAAGGCAUGCACAAGCGCCUGCGUUACUGCUCUCCAGCAGUAUGAAGCAAGCAUCGCCACAGCUUGCACCGGGCAAACUUGGACGGCAUACGAUGAGAUAGAUGGUGCACCACUGGACUUGAUUGCCAAUGUUAUGCGAUUCAACCACGAUCUUGUUUGCCUCAAGGACGCGGGUCGCUGGUGUAAUGUAGUUGCGGUCGCUGCAGCCAUGCAAGCAGAUCCAGGACAAAGCCCAAUGGGCUGGGACACUGAGCCACCAAGCGGCGUGCAAGCCUCUGGACCCUGCGAUUUGUGUUUCAUCAAAAAUCUGCAGAAGCAGGCUGGCAGUCCGUACUACGACGGACCUCAAAUUCGAGAGAGUUCCUUGUACGAGUCAAAAACAUCUAGUUGUGGUGUGACGGGCUAUCCAUUGUCUAUCUCGUCUUUACCCUUCCCACAACUUCCAGUUGCUAGUCCCACACCAACAUCAUCGGUCUGCAGUGGCGAGGAAUACGAUAUUCAGACCGGCGAUGACUGCUACAAAAUAUCCAAGUCUCAGAGCAUAGGAACAGCCUGGCUGCUUUCAGACAAUUCUCUUACUGCUUACUGCGCCGAUUUCCCACAAAAUGGCAAAUUGUGCAUCAAGAACACAUGCAAAGUCUACACUGUACAACCUGCGGACACCUGCGAGCUCAUGGCUAGCUCUAAUAACAUCACCAUCGCGCAAUUGAAAGCCUGGAAUCCGAUCAUUAACGCUGGCUGCCACAAUCUAUAUAAGAUGAACGGGACUUCUAUUUGCGUCUCCAAUCCUGGUGUAGCAUAUGUCACUCCCCCAGCUAUGCCACCUCUGGCACCAAGUACAGCCGUCAGCGCAGCACCCGUGCCCACCAAUGCGAAGGACGAAUCAAAUCGACAAUGUGGGCAGUGGUAUAACGUUGAGAGCGGAGACUAUUGCAACCUCGUGACAAUGAGGUAUGCGAUAGCAAUGGCUGAUUUCGUAUUCCUGAACCCAUCCAUCAACGCGAACUGCACCAAUCUGCUGUUAGAUAUCAGUUAUUGUGUAGCGCCAGUCGGAGACAUCAACACCUACUCAGGGCGACCUGGCUACCACACUCCCGGUCCUUCCGGACUACCUUUCACCAAAGUCACUUUUACGCCCACUAAACCUGCUACGACAACAUCUACGCCCACACAGCUGAGCCUUGCGACUGAUACAAGAGACGAUUGUUACCAGUACUUCGACGCAUCACAGAUGGAAAGUGACAUAACAGGAACUCUUUAUCGCCACCAAUGCGAUUUGGCUGCAGACGUAUACGGCGUAGAGGUGUCCGAACUGCUCACCUGGAACCCUUCACUCGGCAACGAUACAGAAGCUCUCAGUUGCAGCUUCGAACCCGGAGUUCGCUAUUGUGGAAGGUUCUAUUUCGAGCCGCCAAAGGCCAGUCCCGAAGUAGGCACAUCAUUGGAUUUCCCGAUCAGAGAAGGUUUUGACACAAACUGUACUGAGUUCAGGGAUGUGUCUGAAGGUUUCACUUGCGAGGAUGUUCUGGCUUUGUUCGAUCUCACCUUGGCUCAAUUUUUCAAGAUGAAUCCGGCUGUAGGCUCAACUUGUGCAAAUCUUUGGACCGAAACGGCGUACUGCGUCAAGUCUCCCAAUGCCCCACCGCCCGCUACGAGCAUUAGUCCAACCUCCGUUGCUCCUAGCAGUACAGUUGCACCGGGACCUGGCGCACCGACCCACACUGGACAGCCUGCAAACUGUGUUCGAUGGCACAUAGUCGAGAAAGGUGAUGAUUGCUCGAUUCUUGCGAACAAAUACUUCAUCACCUUAGAGCAAUUUUAUGCCUGGAACCCCGCCGUGUCGAAUGAUUGCCGCGACAACUUUUGGCAGGGAUCGGCAUACUGUGUUGGAACUUCGGAUUCGAUCAGCGUGAGCAGAUCAGCUCUUCCACCAUCGCCUACUCCCAGUGCUUUCGUCAUCCCUUCGCCAAAUCAAGCAAACAACGCGAUCAAAGAAUGCAACAAAGUUGCUCAGGCGCAGGAAGGAGACUGGUGUGCUUUGUUCGCUGAACGAAACGGGAUAUCUGAUGCGCAACUAUAUGCUUGGAAUGCAGUUUUGGAUAAUGGCAAUGCUUGUGGCAGUUCAUUCUGGAAAGAUUACUGGUACUGUGUUGGAGUAGCCGCAUGA